UUUAUCCAGAUUUACGUUUGGAAAUAGCUUGAUGGACCAAUGGAUUGACUGACAAAUAACCUUUCAAGGCCAGGUCCAUAUCUUGGACUAAGCAUCUAAAAGAUGGAGAGUCCCGGUGCCUCUGCUAGUCAGCGUUCCUCAGACAAUGGGAAGGCCACUCACAUCUUCACGGAGUUAAGGUCGCAUGAUGACCUGUUACUUCCUGUCAGAGGAUCAAAGAGGUUGAAGUACACGUGCAUCACAUGUUCUCGUCAGUACAUUGCCCUGGGAUCAUCACAUGGAGGUCUUUACAUCUUCCAGCGAGACACACUCAAGUACCUACAGCAAAUUGGGAACAAGGAAGGGCUCACAAAGGCUCUCUUCUCUCCCAACGAAAAUGUGAUUGGCAUGGCAACAAGUGGCGGAGCGGUAAUUGCAUGGAAACUGAAUAUUACAUCAAGGCAGAAGGCAGAGAGAUUGGUAGCGGCACAGGCCCAUCGUAAUCACAGAAUUACCAGUCUCUGUUGGGAUGGGGCGGGGCUAAGGCUCUUCUCCGGGGACGAGAGAGGGCGCAUAACAGUCACUAAUACAGACAGCAGUAAGCCUUCGGGCAUCUUCAAGUUCCAGUCUGAGCUGGUGGUCGAUGUCGACUCCAGUGUCGUUCAGAUGGACUUUGCCGAAGAGAGGCUCCUCAUCUCUACCAUGACAAGAUGCUACAUGUGUGACCCUAAAAAACAACUGUCUUUCCCAAUUGGCACGAAACUGAGGGAUGGUGCUUACGGAGCGUGUUUCUUGAAUAAGUCUGGAAGUGAAAGACCCUCUAUCUUCUGUGCUAGGCCAGGCAGCAGGAUGUGGGAGGCUAAUACUCUCUGCCAAGUCCUCAACACACAUCAGUUCAAACAGCUUCUGGCCACGCCCCCUCUCCCAGUUGUGGGUAAAGGGAGAGAGGCAACAUUCCCAUCUGAAGACACCAAGCAUCCUCCACAAUCACUAGCCUUUCCUAUACUCCAUCCUCUUGGAAAUCAUUUCUUGGUGACUUGGACUGAGCGAGGAGUCUUUGUCUUUGAUCCGGUCAAUGUUAAUGUUGUUUUCUGGACUAGCGAUAUUUCAGGUCUUGUAGAUGUCAGCGUCAGCAAGAGCUCCCUCUACUGCCUCCACCAAGAUGGCCACGUCCACAAGUACACCCUGCAGAACAUCGCCCGCUGCGCCGCUUCGCUCUACCAGCAGAGCCUCUUGGUCCAGUGCUCCCGGCUCGUCCUGCGAUUCCAGACGCAGUUCCAACGCUCCCGGGCCAGGCACCACAUGCCGUCCCGCGUCCUGCACGAGCUGGCCAAGCGGGUAGCUGCAGAGGACUCCCUCUUGGGCUGCGACGUGGAGGAGUUGGCGGUUGCCGUUGAGAACAGGAUGCUGGAUGUAGCGUCUACUGUAAGCAGCAGGAGGAGCAGUUUUGAUUCUUACGAUGAGAUGCGGCAACAGUCUGGUAUCUAUGUCGUCAGGAAGCGCCUUGACAGCGAAUGCUCAGAUGACCUACCUCUAGGGUACGAUGCUCACAUGGACCAAAUACAAGGAAACAUGGAAUUGACAGAGAAGACCAGCCAUGAUACGAUCCAAGAAACCAGUCCAACCAAGGCAGAAACGGAUUCAAAGGAAGCAACUCCUACAGAACAUAUCAGCUUGGAAGUAGGUGUUAGCUUUCAUGUGGAAGAUCCAAAGGACGAGGUCAUGUUGCAAGAAAACAGCCUUGGGGAACUCACAAGGGAAGUAGUUUGGAGCAGGGAUAGCACUUCAGGUAAUCUGAGCGGACAAUUAGAGGACAAAGAAGAAGUCUUGGUAGUCAAAGAGAUAGGUAUGCCUGAAGAGAAUAGCCCUCCAGGAGACGGAUUGACUGUGAAGCAGAUUGACCAAAGUGGUGCUAGAAUAUCUGGAUUUGAUGAACGUAGGGAUCAGCUUGUAAAACAGGACGCAGAUUCUCUUGGAGUUCCUGUAGAACAAAUAGAUGUAAGCCGGGAUGAGGUGGACAUUCUAGGAGGAAUAGGAGAUGCAACUCUUUCUGUAAAUGAUUCUCAAAGAACAUCAGGAAGUGGUCAUCUGGAUGGAAUUGAGUCUGUAAUUGGAAGUAAUAGGGAGAAAAUACAUUCUGUUGAAAAUGAACAGACUCGAGAGGAAAAGGUGCUCCAGGACCAAGAUGCUGAAGCAGACGUAGUAGAGUCUGCAGGAGGUGGCCAAAUCCUGGUUGAAGAUAGUUCCAUGAAGGAGGAGAUGCUUAGUACUCCAAACCAAGAUGCCAUCCGGGCAAAAGAUGACUAUGAUACACCACAAUUUGCAGUGCAAUUGGAUGGAAAAAGUGGCCUUUUGAUGAUGACUGAUUUUGCCGAUAAUCAAACUCCACGUCAGAGCGACCAUGUUGCUGACGAUGUUCUACCAGUGGAGGAGAAAGGAACAACUGGAGACAUCACUGAGAGCAUAGAAGUGCCUGUAGAUGAUGGUGUUCCAGAAGAGCAUAGUGAAAGCUUUAGUCUAGGAAAGGAUUUUGAUGAAGUGGAAGAAACUAUGCAGGAAGAGCUAAUGGUUGGAGGAAUGGACUCUGCCGAGCAGCUUGUAACCAAAGAUGGUGGUGCUACUGAUGAAUGUCAGCUAGUGGGCAUAAAUGAAAUCAACCAAAGAAAAACUAUGACGAAUACCUUGGAAAAUGAUCACAGCCUGGAAGGGAGUAUCACAAGCACUUCUAUUGUACAAUUGGAACUUUCUGAAGUACAGACAGACAUUGAGAUGGCCUUAGAGAAUAUACAAUUAAUUGAAGAUGUGGUCAAUGUUGGAGAAAGAACAGGACAUGAAAUUCACAAACAGGAAGUCAAAGAAAACACAGAAGACCUUACAAACCAAAAAUGUAAUAUUGGUUUUGAAGAGGAAGAUGCUGUCGAAACCAAAGAACAGAUUAAUGAUGCGAACAACACUGUUCUCUCUGACUUGUGCCUUGUUGUGAAGAAAGAGGAAGAAGUGAAGGAUGAGACUUGGAGAGAAGAAUGCUCAAUCCUGGAGCUAACUAAGGAAACAUCGGGAGAAGAAUCACACUCCACUCAACAAAAUGGGCCUUUGAUCAAGGAGGGAAUCAUGAAAGUCCUAACAAGAGCUGUGAACCUGAUAACGGACAAUGACGAAAGCACUCCAGUCGAUGUCUCAGGGUUUGGGCUGGAUGUGUCUGGAUUUGGUAUCAGUCCACCAGAGGAGUCGAUCCACUACCCCUCUAGUCAGGUAGAAGAGUCUAAUUCAUUUGACCAAAGCGCCAGUGCCCACCAGACUCCUUUUGAAGAUGCCGUUACGCCUGGCCUGGGAGAAGACCUUGCUGGGUUUGUAAAGGUAUCACACCUGCCUGUUUCUAAUAAUGCCAGUGACCCAUUGCGAGCAUUACAGAAUGACGAGGAGAGAGUGAGGAUGCUGACUACUGAUUCAGUUGUUGAUGACACGAGAGAUGCAAUACUUGAACGAAGACGAGAAGAUGGGGAUGUCUUGAAGCAAGAAGAACGCAAGAAAAUUGUUUCAGAUGGUUCAUCCAGCAAUGAAGCUUUUAAUCAGUGCAAUCCCACCUCAAUUAAUCCACUUACAUCUCAUGACCACAAUGCCAACCAGGAGAAACCAGUUGAACACCCGGAAGAGGAUUGCAGUAGUCUUCCCAAUUCCAGUCCUUCAUCAAAUAUUUCAACCCUGGAUGAUAGCAAUACCAGUUCAUCAAGCUUGGACAAACUUAAAGACAUGUCACAGCUUUCUGAGCAGAGCACUCCAAGUGCCUCGAGCUCCUCAGAGAACCUUGAAAUCGUGAUAGAGGAUGACUUGGAAGUGGCAGAGGGAGAUGCACAGUUUCCGGAUGCUGAAACAGAACUGAUCCAAGCUGUGACCGGGAGCCAGUACGUCCAGCGACAGACUGAGUUCACAAGAGACCGCUCACAGAGUCUUGAGAAACUCAAUGAGGAAUCUUCUGGAGGGAAAUCUCCAUCAGCAACCACGAAGCGGAAGAAGACUAAGAGUAGAGUCAUUGAUAUCACUGCGACAGUAUCAAGGAAGCCAUCCCCACUCCAGGCUAUGACCCCGGGCUCUGUCCUCUACCGCCCUACAAGUCUUCCUGACCUCUCUCCGCAAUCCUCAUCCCAGCCCCGCUCGCUCCAAAGGACCCCUUCUUCCACAACCCCCUCCCCAGCCCUGUCCCCUAAGAAGGAAGCUAGGAAACAGUUCCCCGUCAGCUCUGCCCUUCCUUCGUCCAACCUGAUCAUGGCUGCGACGUCGGGAUUGCCCCACUCGUCAGGGUUGAUAGAGACGCAGCAGAUUCUGCUUAACUCAACUACUCAGAUAAAUCUUAAAUCUGUGAAGGACAGCCUUACAUCCAAAUUAAGCAAGACCAAGACAUUCCUCCAAUCCAUUGGAGACAGCAACCCCCUGUCACCCAAAGAUGGGGAGCAUAGCUUCCCCCCAAUGCAGCGACGCCCUUCCCCCGCCUCUAGCCCCAUCUCAGGAAGUCCAACGCACAGGAAAGGGACUUCCCCAUCAGUACCACGCAGGGAGAUUCCCCAUCAACAGUCAACUGGGAGUCCACACCCAUCACCAGUUACUUCACCAUUGCACAGACCACGCCCACCUGGUGAAAGGGACUUCCCCCAUGGAUUGGAAGAGGAGACAGAGGAAGAACAGAUUGAUGCAAGACACAGCGAGGAUUUGAUUGAAGCUACAAAGUCUGCUGUACCUGCACUACAUGAUCGUCAGACUCGCUACAACACCAAUGCCUUGAGAGAUGUUCUUCAACCAUGGGUACAAAAGCUAGAGCAGUCAUACAGGUGGUGUCAUUCUGAAGGCAUUAUCCCUUGGAGCAAAGGCCACCAUUUGCCAGUGACAGUCAGGGAGGAUGUGGGUCGCCUAGCAACACUGUGCUUCAGUCUUGAUAUCUAUGCAAAUGAGGAAGGACAUGGAAAUGGUGAAGGAGAAAUGGAGCAAGAGACUCGAUCCAAAAUUGAGACAGGUGGAGAUGAUUGUAGUGAUACUUCAAAGCUGGAUGGAUGCAGGGCAGCAUUCAUCAAGAGACAUUUUAACAUACUAGACAGGCAAAGAAUUAUAGAGGUACUGCGACACAAGCAAAGCUGUCAUGCUUUGAGAACUCUUGUGCAGUGUGAAGGGGAUGCAGCUAAAAACACCAACAUAUCUGAUGCAUUAGACAAUGGAGAUGUGCAGGAAGCCUUUGACCUGUUAUUAAGAGCUGACCUGAGCUCCAGUAAUCUGCCCCUUUAUCUCUGCUUUCUACAAAGACUUUGUGGCCUUGAUUCUGGAAGAGCCCUGGAUGUGAUUAUAUCGGACUAUCCUUCCAUCGGUCCCUGGCAUGCCUAUCAUAUACUUCAGGACCAGACUCAGUCCAAAUGUCUCAUCCUCGAUUAUGUGGAAUCUUUUCUGUUGACACAUCCUUUUGCUCAAAGAAAAAAGUUCAUUGAGCAAGUGAUGGCCAUGAAACCUCUGGUUUUGAGUCUAGCAGAAGCUGCCGUAACCUUUGACCCACCAAGCUUCAGUGAGCUAUUUUGUGAUUGUGGUAAACUACCGAAGUAA